CCAGCACUGUACAGGGGGGCAUUAGGUCUUCUGUGCCUGGUUAGCAAGUUCCUACACAUUUACCUCCAAAAAAAAAAAAUUCAUGAUUAAGGAGUUUUAUAAAAAAUGCAUGUCAGACUGCACAUUUCUGGCAUGAAAUGCCCAGUAUUACUGAGGAGACCAUGAGUUAUCUGAAAAUGGGUAGUGUUUGGGAGUGUUUUCCAAAGGUUUCACCCAUUGGUGUCUGUUGUGAAUCCUGUUACAUUGUAAAAUAAUGGAAGAACCAGUGGUUUUGACCUCAGGUGUGUUUCCGGAUAAAGAGAGUGGAUUCAGUGCUGGAUUUUCAGGCCAAAUACAUUUUCCAAAGGCGCCAUCCAACGUUAUCCAGCACCCUGGUAGUCCACUGACAUUUCAGGCAAGUCUGAGACCAAUAUUUUCUGAAGGGUACAAUACCGGUAGUAUGUAUUCACCAGUGACUAUCGAUAGGUCGCUCCGAAACCUCAAGGGAAACCUUGAAGACAGCGAGAACAGGUGCUGUGUCUUAAAGUAUAAGCUCAAAGAGGCUCAGAGCACAUUGGACUUGCAGAGUGACAGACUGUACAAAAUAGAACAUUCGGCUCGAGAAAACUCGCUACUCGUGAACGACUUGAAACAGCGAGAGAAUGAGUACAGGAAGAGAAUAGAUUCCCUACAGCUGACUGAGCAAGAGAAAGACAAACUCAAGGAAGAAAACAUGAAAAUCCGACAAGAAAUGCAAGAUCGUGUCAACAAACUUGAUCUUGCUUUACGCACAGCACAAGUACAGAAUCAAGUUGCUGAAAACGAUAAUCAGAAACGCGUGCUCUUGCUGGAGCAAUCUUCGCAAGCCUUGAGUAUGCUAGAAAUGGAAAACAACAGUCUAAAACAGGACCUCGGUGAUAUGCAAAAAGAUUUGUCUAUUGCAAAAGAGUCAGUUGAUCUUGCAAAUUCUAAAAUUGAACCAAUUGAUGAAGAAAACAAAGAAUUAAGAAAACUGAACUCUCAAAUUAGAGAGGAAAAUGAAGAACUAUCUAGAAAGAUAACAGAACUAUCAGGGCAGCUACUUGAACUUCGAAGGGUAACCCAAUCUAUGAAGAAAGAAAAUGAAAAACUAGCCACUGCUUGGAAAUCAGCAUCAGAAGAAAAACACAGACAAAAAAAGCAGAUGGAAAAAUUAGAAGAAAAGAAGGCAGCCCUGAAAUCAAAAGCUUUAACAGCUUCAUCUGAGAAAGACAGACUGUUUCAUGACAAGAUGGAUCUCAACAAUAAAUACCAGCAACUUCUGAUUGACAAAGAGGCUCUGACCCAAAUAAAAAUUGCUCAAACUGAUCAACUCAAUGAGCAACAAUCAGACAUUGCAAAACUUAAAAUGGUUCUUAAAGAAAGUGAUGAUGAAAGGCGGAAACGUCAAGCAGAGGUUGCUGAGCUUAAAGGGAUAAAUGACAAUCUCACCAUUGAACUGUCAUCUGUUAAAAAAUUCAAUGAAAAAUCUUUAGAGAGAACAAGUACAUUGGAAAAUGAGGUGUCAGAAUUUGAAAAAAAGUGUGAUAUGGGUAAAAGAGAAUGUAUGAAGCUGCAAGAUGAAGUAGACAAACUAAGCAGACAACUCCAAAAUGCUGAGCACUAUUCCAAUAUGGUGGCUGAAACCAAGAGUCGAAACCUUCAGAGAGAAAACCAAGAAAUGAAGGAAUUAGUUCUGAAAUUACAAAGUGAAAUUCGCAGUUAUAAGGAUGAGAACUGUCUUCUCGUCAGUAAAAUUGAUGACCUUUCCGUAAAACUCAGCAAUGCUGAUGCAGAUCUAAGUCACGCUGCUCUCCUCAGCCAUGAAGAUUUGGAAAACUUGAAGAAUUCAUGUGAACGCAUGACAUCCAUGAUAAGCCAAAAGGACUCAGAGAUUCAAGUUCUAUCGGACAAAUGUUUAGAACUGGAGCAGCUUGCAUCGAAACAUCAGUCGGAAAACCGUGAUCUGAAAAAAGAUAACGGAGCCCUGAUUGAACACUAUGAUGAUAUGAAAAGACUGAAAGAUGAACACAAGAGGUUGAUACAAGCAAACACUGAGAAUGAACAAGUCAUCAAACUGCUUGAAACUCAGAAUGAAGUUCUAAGACAAAGCUCAGAAUCCCAGUUAGCCAAACUUCAUGAUGUAGAACUUUUGGUUAUCAGAGCUGAGCAGCUCCAUCAUGAUAAUGGGCACCUGACAGAAAGAGUGGCAGAAUUGGAAAAUAUUCGUGAUAAUCUGGUGACUCAAAAGGAAGAGCUUCUUGCUAACACAGAACUCAUCUACAAAAAUCCUCAAAUUGAAGAGCUGAAGACCCGGGUGGAUGAACUUCAGCAGGUGAAUAAGCAGUUACGGGAUAUGAAUGAUUCGGUCAAUGAAAAGUAUGAGGCUCUAGAACAUAUCAAUGUGGAGCUAAAGGAAGCUGUAGGUGGGGAUGGAACUGUUGUGCCAAAAACAGAACUAUUCAAAGUGCAGGAGGAGAGAUGUCGUCUGGAGGAUGAUAUCAUCCAGAUACAGCACAAAUGCGAAGAGCUAAGGCAAGAACACGAACAAUACCUAAGGCAGUAUGGACCUGAAGGGGAGGAUACAGUCAAAUGGCAGCAAAAAGUGAGAACUCUUGAAAGAGAAAAAGAGGGACUAGAAAAACAGGUGGCCCUCAUCAAUGGUCAACUCCUGUUGGUUGAAGGUAGCAAGAAAAGAUUGGACGAAGUGGUGGAAGAUCUGCAGCAUGAGAUAGUUCACCUCAGGAAAGAGCUGGAGGAGGCAGAAAAACAGGAAGCGAACCGAAUAUUUCAAGGAAGAGUGAGUGGUGACAUGAGUGAGAUCGAGGCCAAACUAGAGUGUCUUCGAAAUGAGCUCAGCCAAAGCCAGAAAGACAAGAUCAAGUUUGAACACCUGGUGCGAACCCUGAAAGAGGAACUGGAGGAAGAAAGAACCAAACAACCGGCUCAGAUUACCGAGUCCCUUGAUGAUGUUGGCUCAGAGCUAACUUCCAUGAGAGGAGAACUCCACAAACUAGUUGGCGAAAUUGAAAGGAAAGAGCAGACGAUCGCAACACUAGAAAACCAGCUUCGCCAAUCCAAGGAAAAGAUAGAAGACAAGGAUAAGAUAGUGAAAGAUCUAAAAUCAGUGCUGGAUAAAAGUUCCUCAGCCACUCACAGUCUGGAGGAGAAAUUCUCGAGACCUUCUCACAGUGAUGAUGUCAGAAUGUCUGACCCAGUGACAAGAUCCAAGAGUUUAAGAGAACGGGGCACGGGCGACAGACUUCAGACACUUCUAGCACGAUACAAGGACUACAGUGAUAACGGAAAUCAGAACUCUUCAGAGCGUCGAAUCAAACCCCUCUCCAUCUCCGGAAACAGCACCAGAGGUGGGCUUGUGACACGUGAUAAAAAAUGACUUAAUGGAUUUGGAUAAAAUCAUAUUCAAAUGGUCAUGUGUUGGAUUUUGUGAUAUAAUGGAAAUGUGUGAGUUUAAAAAAAAAAAUAAAUGUUUUUUACACCAGUGA